AUGCCCAUGAGCAUCUCUUCUAGUACCGCUCUCGAAACCACUGCUUUUUCUAGCAUUGGUUCGACAUCGAGCAUUAUUCCUAUGUCCGGCCCAACCUUGAAGAACAGCACCUCUAGCAUGGACUCGGGAACCCUUUCUAGCAGUUCUUCAAGCACCUCCGAUGCUGACCAGGGAAUUACGUCAUUGAGUACCGGCUUGGGGAGCAUUGCUUCUAGCUCAGGCCUUGGAUUGAGCACUUCUUCUACAACAGACCCAGGAAGCACCUCUUCUAGCACAAAAUUCGUUCCCAUUACGUCGUCGACCCUGAGUAUCCUUUCUUCAAAUGGGUCCUCCUCAAUUACCAGUACUGGAUCUAGUUCGACCUCGGAUCUAGCAGGCUCUAGUCCGCUCUCAAGCACAAUUUCUAGCAGCUCAACAUCAAGUGCAGAUGCUGCUAUGGCGGUUGGACUUGCCCUUGCCUUUGCUUUUAGCUCGACCGCGAGUACAGAUUCUAUCAGCUCCACUCUGAGUGUUGACCCCGGCACCACAACUUCGACUACGGACACCAACAGCUCAACAUUAAGCACAAGCCUCGGCUCGACUUCGAGUAACAAUGCUUUUAGCUCCACAUCAAACACAGACGCUGGCACGUCAGCACCAAGCCCCUCUUCUAGCUCCACGUCAAACACAAUUGCUAGCAGUUCAACAUCAAGUUCAGACUCUAGUUCAACUUCGAAUACAGGCUCUAACAGCCUAACGUUAAGUGCAAACUCUAGUCUGACUUUUAGCACAGGCCUAAGCAGCCUGUCAUCCAAGGUAAAUUCUAGCUCGACUUCGAGCACAGAUUUCAGCAGCCUGGUAUCAAAAUCAGAGCUCAGCCUGUCGUCAAGCACAAAUCUCGUCAUAUCGGUUUCGAGUACAGACUUUGCAACCUUGACGUCAAGUUUCAGCUCGAGCAGCUCAGUCUCAAGUACAUAUCUUAGCUCAACAUAUAACACGUCAACAUUCAGCACGUCUCGGAUUCCUGAGGUCGUUGUCCUCGCAUACAGCGACCCCAACGCCAUCUCAUCCUCCGAUGUAUCCACGGACCCUCCGGCCGACGCCCCUACAUCUGGUGGUUCCUCUGCAAUUUCUUCUCCCGAGACUUCUUCGGCUUCUGCAACCUUCACACUUACGACCACUAUCUUACUGGAUAACGACUUUUCUCCUAGCGCAUCUUCUGGCUCUACUACGUUCCCGGAUAGUACUGUUCCUUCGGACACGUCUUCUGCCGCCACAUCUAAUUCCACCCUAUCAGCAGGCAACGCAGCUCCGUUCAGCGCGUCUCUUGGUUCUACAACAUCUACACCCUAUCCAAGUGAUUUGAGUACGUCCUCAUCCUCUGCCGUCUCUCCCGUUUCCAGUGCGCCUAUAUCCACUCUCUCAUUAGGAAAUACCAUUUUGUCUGGUACAUCUCCCAGCUUGACACCAAAUUAUAGUGAUUCGAGCACAUUCAUCCCCAUAUCGAGCUCGUCUUCACAAAUUGGGUAUUCUGCGACUACCAGCACGUCUGCGAACUUUUCAGUCUCUACGUCGUCGACAUCAAAGGUGUCUUCAAGCUCUCAAUAUCGCAACAUAAAUGUAGAGAUCGCGGUGCCGCAAACCUCCGCGUCUGCCAGUUCGUCCUCAACACCUGGAAGUUCUACGCCUGCCAGCACCUCAUCAGCUGCUGCUACCUUCACUUUCUCUUCCAGCGCUGGUCCGAGUCCUGCGACUUCAACACCAACGUCAAGCACGUAUUCCGCUGCUGCAGGCUCCACGCCUUCAUCCAUCAUAGUUUCAACUCCUUUGAGCUCUACGUCUAUUCUCAGCACAUCUUCAACUCCUGCAACAUCGAUGCCGAUAUCUGGCACGUCCUUGGCUUCUGCAAGCUCGACAUCAACUGCAAGCUUUUUGACUCCGUCCAGCACGUUUCCGAGCAGCACAAUUUCACCUCUAUCGACUAGUUCUUCAGCUAUCCCGGCGUCUAUGUCAUCAUCAAGCGCAUCUCGAAGCGCUGCAGCAUCCAUCACAUCGUCUACUAUUUCCUCCAGCGCGCCUUCGUCCAACGAUAUACCGACCUCUAGCUCAUCCUCGGUCUCUGGAAAUUCCUCCUCCUUUCCAAGCGGAACCUCAAGUUCCACGGAAUCGGGUUUAAGCUCCAGUACAACUUUAUGCGGCAACAACCUCUGCGCAGUCUUCGAGCUCAUCUUCAAUUUCGAGCACGAGCACAUACUCACGAAGAGUACAACUUCUGGUGGUAACCCCCACGCCUACUUCAACAGCGUCUUCGGUCCCGGGAUCGACUUCCAGUACGAGUAUAUACUCAAGAAAGGUUCAACCGCUCGUGGUCUCCUCUACGCCCUCUUCCAGCGCCGCCCUUUCAAGCUCCACAGUCCUCGGGUCAAGUUCCAGUACAAAGCCGACAACAACAGCAACAGCACCACCCUCUUCAAGCUCCACAGUCCCCAGUUCGAGUUCCAGUACAAAGCCAACAACAACAGCAACAGCACCACCCUCUUCAAGCUCCACAGUCCCCAGUUCGAGUUCCAGUACAAAGCCAACAACAACAGCAACAACAACAGCACCACCCUCUUCAAGCUCCACAGUCCCCAGUUCGAGUUCCAGUACAAGCAUAUACUCACGGAGAGUCCAACCCCUAGUGGUAUCGUCAAGCACGACUACCGUUUCCACGGUGCCCGUGUCGAGCACUGUCACUUCACUGAAAGUCCAAACAGUACUGGUGACUCUGAGCACAGUCCCAAGUCCCACGGUCUCUGUGUCGACGACCACCAUCACAUCACGAAGAGUCCAACCUCUGGUGUUCUCGUCAAGUACUUCCUCGAGUUCGACGGUCCACACCUCGAGCUCCGUUACCGCGCGGAGAGUUCGGCGGAACGCGGCGGUGGCGGUAGGCGCGGAGACUCCUACGCGGGCCAAAUCUUCGUCCGCAUCUGCUAA